GCGUCCGGUUGCCCCGCCGAGGCCUACGCCCUUUAUAAUCUUCUAACUUCGCUUGCGUCCUAACAGUGUAAGCGAAGUGUGAAAUUUUCAAUUUUGUAUAUUCGUCACUUGAGAUCUCACUGCUCGAUAUUAUUGUGCCGUUUGUUGUUGCUUGCUCGGGGAGCUGUAGUUAACUAGAGACAUGAGUGACCUCGAGAAGCAGCGGUGCGGCGGCGCCUUGGCCGGGAAGACGGCGCGAUCCUGCGACGGCUGCGCUCGCUGCCGGGCGCGGUGGUACUGCGCAGCCGACGACGCGUUCCUUUGCCAGACGUGCGACUCGUCCGUCCACUCCGCCAACCCGCUCGCCCGCCGUCACCGCCGCCUCCGACUCAAGUAUUCCUGGUGCUCCUCCGGCGCCGUAGCACUCGACGGGAACGAGGAAGAGGAUGAGGAGAAUUUUGAUGUCCCCUCGUGGCUCCGAGGGUUCAAGCGGAAGGCUCGGACCCCUCGGAAAGGGAAGAAGGGGAUGGCACCGCGGCCUCCGGAGCUCGCCGAAACGUCGCCGUCUGUCGAGGAGGAGCAACUGCUCUACUGCGUGCCGGGGUUCGAUCCCGCACCGGCAGAGUUCCGCUCCGCUUCGUCUGGGAACGAGGAUACGAAGCCGCCGGUGGAGUCGGGCGGCAGCACCCCUUCUUCCACCACCACCGUCGACGCGGCCGACCGCAUGGCCGAGUACAUGCCGUCGGACGUGGAGAUAGCGGAGUUCGCGGCCAACAUGGAGAGCCUCCUCGGCGAGGCGAGCGGCGACCACGCCGCGUUCUCGAUGGAGAGGCUUGGCCUGCUCGACAACGCGAAUUACUUCACGAAGGAACUGAAGGCAGAGCCGGCUGACGAAGCAGAGCAGAACUCUCCGGUGGGUGUCGAGCUGGACAAGGACAUGACGAGGGACUCGCUGGAAUUGGACUUCAACUGCCCAGGCUCGUCGUCGACCGCGGAAGAAGAGGACGAGCUGGAUGAAGAAAAAACAGAGGACCAACACGACGAACCAAAGACAGCGAGGCUGAGGCUUGACUACGAGGCCAUCAUCUCUGCAUGGUCCGCCAACGGCUCCUCGCCCUGGACCGACGGCGAGCGGCCGCAGAUUAAUCUAGCAAACUGUUGGAAUGACUGCAUGGGAGGAUGGGGGGAAGGAAGAGGAGGAGCGGGAGGCGGCGUGGCGCAGGUGGCCGUGGACGUGGGCAGGCAGGCGAGGGUGAGUCGGUACAGGGAGAAGCGGCGGACGCGGCUGUUCGCCAAGAAGAUACGGUACGAAGUGAGGAAGCUUAACGCCGAAAAGAGGCCGAGGAUGAAGGGGCGUUUCGUAAAGCGAACUCCAGGCUCGGCAGCAGCUGCCUUCCUGCCUGCACUGGUCUGACGGCU